GGAUACGAUGCUGGAUGGCGAGUCGAUAAACACGUACGGCUCCUUGCCGAUACCACGGGUAAUAAGCGUCUCGACAUCGUUGGGUUCGGAGAAACAGGCGUUUGGAUCUCACGGAAUAACGAUGACAACACUUUCCAGCAGCCCAGGAUGGUGCUCAGCAACUUCGCGUAUGCAGAAGCCGGGGGUGGUUGGCGCAUUGAGCAACAUCUUCGGUUUGUGGCAGAUAUCAGAAAUACUGGGCGCGCCGACAUUGUGGGAUUCGGUAAUAAUGGUGUUUUGGUGUCGCUGAAUAAAGGGGACGGAGAAUUCACACCUCCCAAACUUGUGCUGGGAAACUUUGGGUACCGCGCUGCCAGUGGAGGCUGGAGGAUGGACAAGCACCUGCGCUUCCUCGCUGAUAUCAACGGCAACGGACUCCUUGACAUCGUCGGAUUCGGAGACCAGUAUGUUUAUGUUACGUAUAACAACGGGGACGGCACUUUCCAACCACCUAAACCCGUCCUCGCCGACUUUUGCUACGACAAUGGCUGGCGCGUCCCUGAGCAUCCACGCUUCGUUGCGGACAUGACAGGAGACGGCAAGCUCGAUUUAGUUGGCUUUGCAGACGAAGGGGUUUUUGUCGCGUUCAACAAUGGGGAUGAAACGUUCCAAAGUGCCCGUAAAGUUUCGAAUGACUUGUCACGAAAAUCGGGAGGUUGGGUCGUUGAAAAAUAUCCACGAGUUAUUGCCGAUCUGACGGGCAACGGCUGUGGAGAUAUCAUUGGCUUCGGCGAAGCAGGAGUAUGGGUCGCGAUCAACAACGGCAAUGGUACAUUCCAGGGUAGCAAGCUUGCAUUCUCAGGCUUUGCUUUCAACGCAGGUUGGACGGUAGAGAACCAUCCUCGUUUCCUUGUUGAUUUGACGGGCACCGGACAGGCAGACAUUGUCGGAUUCGGGAACGGAGAAGUUUAUGUCGCUUAUAAUGACGGGAAAGGAGGCUUCAUGCCACAUAUGUCUAAGCUAAUCGAUGGCUUUGGAAUUGCGGGAGGACAAUGGUCAUCAGACAAGACCGUACGAUAUGUUGCAAACAUCUAUGGCUGA